GAAAAACGGAGCUCUAUGGAGCCUUGCUCACACACUCACAGGACUUCUUGGUGCAAGCUAUUGAGUAAUGAAGUAUCACUCAACUUCCCAAGUUAUGGGUUAGCAUGGCAUGAAAGUUUUACCUUAGAAACAUUGGAGAAAACCUUUCGGCAUGGUGAAAGAGGUCUUAAAACGCCAUCAAAGAACUUUGAUAAUAACAUUCCGAAAGAUAUUUUUGAAGCUGUAAAAGAAAAGGCCAUCAUGAGUUUGGCAUCACCAACAUUAAAAGAGAAAGUUGCGUAUUUGAUUAUGGUUCGGGAUGUUUUGAAUCCUAAUGUUGCUAUUGUGGUGACAUGUCACAAGAAAGAUAUAGAUGGUAAACAAAUUGAAUUCAAGAAGACUGAACUGUCUACUGUGAGACACUUAGUUGCAGAUACAUCUUGCUUGAACAAGCUGAUGGAUUGGCGCUUAUCAGUGACUGAAAAGUAUAUGAUAGAUCUGCAUGAAGAAGAUAAAGAAUGUAUUGAAGGAAUAGUGAAAUCUGCCUGCAUUGACGUGAGUGCAAAAGGAGGAUUACGCUGGCCCCCUGGAGGCUCGAAGAGAAACAGAUUUCAAGUAAGAGGAGUAUGGAUUCUCAAUGUUACUACUAUUGUUGGGAAAACAUGGGACAUCAAAUUUCAGCAUGCAAAUAGAGUACACUUUGAAAAUCCUUCUGCUUGCACGGUGUCGAAUGAAAUAAAUUUAAAGCUCAAAAGUAUAAGCAAAUAUUUGAGGGAGAGGAGGCAAUGGGAUGAAGAAAACAUUAUGAACAUUCUCGAAGAUAGCUUGAAAUGGGUUUGGAUGGAAGGCUUGUCGAUAAUAUAAUCUUGUGCACAAAGAUUAACAUUAACAAAUGCAUUCUGGGGGAGGUCGAGACAAUCAAGACCUAAUAUGAUGGACUUCUUAAUUGAACUGAAUCUGUAUCUGUUUUUGCAUGCCAAUAUUGUUCUUAUCAAUGAAGUGAGUAAGCAUCUGAGUUACAAACGAUUCUUGGUCAGUAUUUAAAUAAACAUGUUAUACCUUGUUCUACGCUGACAGCAUGGGGUGUAAUAGAACAUGUUCACAACGCCUUCCGUUCCUUCUUUGUAGUAGUUAAGUAUCAUUUGUUCGCAGUUGAUAGAUGUAUUAUAUUAUAUUAAUUAAAGGACAAGUCAUAUGUGGUGAAUGAAAAUUAUGAUUGUUAGUGUUAAAUAUUAUUGUAUGAUUUGUUUUAAACAUAAUUAUAAUUAUAUGGUUGAAAUUGA